GGGGGCUCUUGCACAAUGACGAAACUUCAUGUUCUGAAGAAUUGCCCCCCUCAGCGAGAUGUCGAGAUGCAUCCCCAAAGGCACUGUAGGAUCAUGCUCGACCAUUGGUUGGAGAUAAAGAAGUGGGAGGGUUUUCUCCAGCAGGUUUGCAUGAAGGCUCAUAUUGCACCCAUGUCCUGGUAUAAAUGCUCUUUAAUAGGAGUAGAUUACAGAUUUGUGCACAGAGAAAGACUGGAAAAAAUGAGUGACUUUAUCAACAGUGUGACUGCAGCUCAGAUAAAUUUAUCAGAUGAUGCACCCUGGAAAAAGAUACAGAAGAACACCUUCACACGCUGGUGUAAUGAACACCUGAGAUGCAUGGAUAAGCAGAUCAAUGACCUCCGGUUUGACCUGAGUGAUGGCCUGAACCUCAUCUGCUUAUUGGAGGUCCUAAGCCACAAGAGGAUGUUCAGGAAGUACCAUGCAAGACCCACGCUUAGGCAACUCAAGCUGGACAAUGUUUCAGUGGCACUGGAGUUUUUGGAUCAUGAGAAGAUCAAGUUGGUGUCUAUAGACAGUAAGGCAAUAGUGGAUGGAAAUCUGAAGCUUAUCCUGGGACUGGUCUGGACUCUCAUCCUACAUUAUUCAAUCUCCAUCCCUGUAUGGGAAGAUGAUGCCAGUGAUACUGUCACUAAACUCACCCCGGAAAUGAGGCUUCUGGGAUGGAUCCAGAGCAAAGUGCCUGAACUGCCCAUCAAUAACUUUAGCCAGGACUGGCAGGAUGGCAAAGCAUUGGGAGCCCUUGUAGAUGGACUAGCACCAGGCUUGUGUCCAGACUGGGAGAGCUGGGACACAGUCCAGAGAGUGACAAACACCAGGGAGGCCAUGCAGCAGGCAGAUGACUGGCUGGGAGUACCACAGGUCAUUGCUCCAGAGGAAAUUCUUGACCCAGGAGUGGACGAACAGUCAGUGAUGACCUACCUCUCCCUGUUCCCCAAAGCCAGGCUGAAACCCGGAGCUCCUCUCAAACCAAAAACUGUGCCUAAACCGAAAGCCUGUCGUGCCACUGGGCGAGGACUGCAGGCCAGAGGCCUUCGAGUAGAUCAGGUGGCUGACUUUAAGGUUGACACCCACAAGGCUGGACCUGGAAACCUGGCUGUUCACAUUAUCGGGCCCACUGGUAAUGAAGUAGCAGUGAAGCAGAGGGAGGCGCUGGAAGGCAUUUCUAGCUUUGAAUACAUGCCUGGUGAUGAAGGGGACUACACUGUGGACAUCACCUGGGCCAACCAGCACAUCCCAAAGAGUCCCUUUAAGGUUCAUGUAGGGCCUAAAGCUGGUCCACAGAAAAUUAGAGCUUGGGGUCCUGGACUGGAAGGAGGGACUGUGGGGAUGGCUGCUUCUUUUCUGGUUGAAGCCACUGGUGCUGAAUCUGGUAUGCUAGGUUUUGCCAUUGAAGGCCCAUCGCAGGCUAAAAUCGAGUGUGAUGAUCAAAAUGAUGGCUCAUGCUUUGUGAGAUUCUGGCCUAGUGAAGCAGGGGAGUAUGCUGUACAUGUGAUGUGUGAUGAUGAGGAAAUAGAGGACAGUCCUUUUAUGGCAUGUGUGGCACCAAAGAAAAGAGGCUUCAGACCAGCUAAGGUUAAAGUUUAUGGUCCAGGAGUUUCCCCAACUAAGGUCUUGGUGAACCAUAAGACAGAGUUCACCGUGGAUGCAACUCAAGCUGGUGAAGGACUGCUCAGAAUCUGUAUCCAGACUGUGGAUGGAAGCUGUGUAAAGGUGGAUGUGAUUUGUGAAGAGGAUGGCAUUUACAACUGCUCCUAUACCCCCACUGCUAUCUGCAAGCACACUAUUGUGGUGUCUUGGGGAGGUGUAUCUGUUCCUGGCAGCCCAUUUACAGUAAAACCUGGCAAGGUUAAAAUUGAACCAUGUAGUGCGAGGCGGAGGAGACCUCAUGGAUCAGGGAGAUUCUGUUCAGAUGAAGAGAUGGAAACUGAUCACGACAUUAAAGCAAAUGUAAGGGACGGAAGUGUGAGCAGGCUGGAUAUCAAUGUUGUCAGCCCAUUGGACAUACCCACAGAUGCAGCAAAGGUGAAGGCUUAUGGACCAGGCUUACAGGGUGUUCUACUGGGACAGCAGGCAGAAUUUACCAUAGACACAAGAGAAGCAGGCAGUGGAAGACUUACUGUUAUAAUAGAAGGUCCGUGUCGAGUUACGCUGCACUGUGUUGAUAAUGAAGAUGGCACAUGUGUGGUUUUCUAUCUGCCCAUUGAACACGGGGAAUACCUGAUCAGAAUCUACUUUGACAACUCACACAUCCCUGGCUCCCCAUUUCACCCUGUGGUCCAGCUCCCCCUUGACCCCUCUAAAGUAGUGGUAUCAGGUGCUGGUUUGACUGAGGGGAAGGUGGGUGAACCGUGUGUUGUGAACAUAGACUGUGUGAUGGCAGGGUCAGGUGACCUCUCUGUACAAGCUGUGUCUGACAAAGGAGUCAUAGCCGAGACUAAAGUGCUGGAGAAUGAAGAUGGCAGCUACACGGUCGUCUACGUGCCCCUCACUGCUGGGGUCUACACGCUUCUUCUGAAGUACGGAGGAAAAGUUGUGCCAAACGUUCCUGCAGCAGUUGUGGUGGAUCCAGAAGUCUACAAAAGCCAUGUUAAAUUUACAGGGCAAGCCUGUAAUGUAUCAGGAGACCCGGUAAAUGCAGAAGGGAAUCAUGAUCCAAGCAAAGUACUUGCAGAUGGUCUUGGACUCUUCCAGGGCCUCACUGGACAUCCUAACAAGGUUUACAUCAACACAAGAGAAGCUGGAAAUGGCAGUCUGGGAAUAAUGGUGGAAGGUCCAUCUGAGUCAAAAGUCUCUUGCAAGGAGAACAAAGAUGGCAGUUACACUAUGGAAUACACUCCGUCUGUUGCUGGCUCAUACGAUGUUAACAUAACCUAUGGAGGGAAGAGCAUUCCAGGUAGUCCCUUCAAAUCAACAGUGAAGGAUGUUUCAGGGACCAGUGCAGAAAUAUCUGGAGAAGGUUUACAGGAAGGAAUUUGCACACAACGUUCUCAAACCUUCACAAUUGACACCAGUAAAGCUGGCAAAUUACCCGAGUCUGUAUCUGUAAUAACUCCUCAUGGUACGACUGAGCUGCUGGACAUCAAGGACAAUGGAGAUGGAACCUACGCAGUGAAUUUUUCCCCUUCAAUGGAGGGUCCUCACUCUUUGAUGGUUAAAUAUGCUGGCGAUGAUUCUUAUACUAGUCCUUUUGACUUCCAUGUACUGAAUGGAAGUCCAGUUGUUAAGCAAAAAAAGAACAUAAAUGAAGACCCCAACAAUAAGAUAACCAUUCUUGGACAAGGCUUGAAGUCUGGGAUCUGUGCUAAAGGUCUUCAGUCUUUAACGAUUGGCUGCAGUGCCAAUGGAAAUGCACCAGAGACUGUUGCUCUGGUCAAACCUGAUGGCACAAUUGAGCGACUCAAGGUCACAGACAACAGAGAUGGAACCUACAGCAUUUCCUGUUCUCCAACUAUGGGGGGCCCACAUUCUUUGGCAGUAAAAUAUACAGAUGAAGAGGCCUUUAGUAGCCCUUAUGAUUUCCAUGUGUUCGAUGCUGAGAAUUCAGUCCAAAGUAUCAUUACUGCACCAGGUUUGGUGUCAGGACUUUGCACUCAGACUCCACAAAUCUUCACUAUUGACUGCAGAGAACAUGGAGAGUUUCCUACUUCUGUCGCUAUGAUGACUCCCAAUGGAUUGAUUGACUUAUCUGAUAUUGAAGACAAUGGAGAUGGAACCUACACUUUGACCUACUGUCCAUCUGUAGAAGGCUCUCACUCUUUGAUGGUUCAAUAUGGAGACAAUAAAGCAUUUAGCAGUCCUUUCAGUUUCCAAGUGCUGCCUAGUCAUGAUGAUUUCAAGGAUGAAGCUCCAUUUCCAAACUUCAGAAGUAAGAGCGGGAUAUCUGGACCAGGUUUAGACAGAAAUUUCUGUCCAAGAACUCCGCAGAAGUUCACAAUUGAUGAGAGCAGCACUGGAGAAGUACCAGAGAGUGUAGCUAUUGUAAGACCUGAUGGUUCAAUUGAGUUGGGAGAAGUUAGUGAUAAUGGAGAUGGAACUUACAGUGUUGUCUACAGCCCUACCACAGAUGGCCCUCACUCAUUACUAGUGAAAUACACAGAAGAAGAUGCUUUUAGUAGCCCAUUCAAGUUCCAUGUGCUACCGACAGAUGACACAAAUAAAGCGAAGAUCUCAGGACCAGGUUUAAAAUCAGGAAUUUGCACUCAAAGCCCUCAAACUUUUAUAAUUGACUGCAGAACAACUGGAAAGGUUCCUCAGUCUGUAGCUGUGGUUACUCCACAAGGAGUGACUGAGCUGCUGGAGGUUAAAAGCAAUGGAGAUGGAACCUAUGCAGUCAGCUACUCUCCAGCCUCUGCAGGUCCUCACUCUUUGAUGGUGAGAUAUGCCGAAGAUGACUCAUACUGUAGCCCCUUUAAAUUCCAAGUGCUUCCCACUAAUGAUGCUUCAGAGCAGGAGAUGGGUCGGAAAGUGGAUGUAUCUGGACAAGAGAUGACAAGACAAGGAAUACGUGCUGGUGUUCCACAGACUUUUAUUAAUGGCUGUAGUGAUGAUGGAGAAGCUCCAAAGAUGGUUCCAACUUCAAAAUCUGAUGGAACAUUUGACCAGGUAAACGUGACUAACAAUGCAGACAAAGCCUCUACAGUGAACUACGUGCCUUCUACAGAAGGUCUGAAGUACUUGGUUGAUGAUCGCACCAAUAAAGAGGCGUUUAGGAGAUCUGAUGGGUUGGAAGUGCUGCCUGUAGAUGCAGAGUCAAAAAUGAAGAUCUCUGGAGCAGGAAUAAAGUCUGGCAUGUGUAGUCAGGCACCACAAACAUUUACCAUAGACUGUAAGACAACUGGGGUGAGACCUGAAUCUGUGGCAAUAUUGACACCAAAUGGUAAGACUGAGUUGGUGGAGGUGAAAGACAAUGGAGAUGGGACCUACACAGUAAACUAUUGUCCGUCUAUGGAAGGUCCUCACUCACUGAUUGUCAAACAUGCUGAGGAGGAGUCUUUUAGCAGCCCUUUCAAGUUCCACGUGCUUCCAACACUUGGAUCUGUCGACCAGAGUCUCCCAAGUCAAGGUCUGAAAGUGUCUGGCCAAGAUUUAAUGGGUGCUAUUUAUCAAAACGUCCCUCAGACAUUUACAAUAGGCUGCAAUAACAACGGUGAAGCACCAGAGGCUGCUGCAGUGGUAAAACCUGAUGGUACAAUUGAUCUCCUUGAGGUGCAUGAUAAUGGAGAUGGCACCUUUAGCGCUGCAUACACCCCGUCCAUGGAGGGCUCUCAUUGUUUGAUCUUCCAAAACGCCAACAAGGAAUCCUAUUGCAAACCCAUUGAGUUUCAGGUGCUUCCCACAGAAGAUAUUACUCAGAUUAAGAUCACUGGGGAAGGUCUGGAGUCAGGGUUAUGUUCCCAAAGACCUACAGUUUUCACUAUUGACUGCAGCCAAACAGAUGCUCCAGAAGCAGUGGCAAUAAUUUGUCCUGAUGGUACCAGUAAAGCCCUGCAGGCUGUAGACAAUGGAGAUGGGACCUAUUCAGUAAGUUUCUCCCCUUCUAAAGAAGGUCCUCACGCAUUGGUGGUGAAAACUCCAGGAGAAGAAACAUUCCACAGCCCUGUCAAGUUCCAUGUGCUGCCCAGUACUAACGCUGAAACAGUGGAGGAACUGAAGAACAUUGUUGGAAUAGCUGGACCUGGCUUGGAGUCAGGAAUCUGCACUAAAACUCCUCAAACAUUUACCUUUGACAGCAGCAGCACUGGAGAAGCUCCAGAGAUGGUUGCUGUGAUGAAACCUGAUGGUACAGUAGAACUUGUUGACAUAUCAGAUAAUGGUGAUGGAACUUACUCUGUGGAUUACUCACCCUGUGCAGAAGGGUCUUACCAAUUAAUGGUCAAAUACAAUGAUGAAGAUUCUUUUAAAAGUCCUGUUAAGUUCCAGGUUAUUUCAGCUGAUGAGCCAAAGAUUAAUGGUCUUUGCUUGGAGUCAAGGAUUUCUGGCCAGGUUCCUCAGACCAGCAUCAACAGCAGUAAAACUGGAAAGCCCUCAGAGUCUACAGUUAUGACUGCUCCAAAUGGUAAUACCGACCUGGUGGACAUCAAAGACCAACAAAAAACCAUCCACACAGGGAACAGUUCUCCUUCUGUGGAUGGCUCUUCUUCUUCUUUCAAAGACAAAUAUGCCAGGGAUCAGGAUGCUUCUUGCAACAGCCCACUGAAGUUCCAGGUAUUGCCUACAAGUGACCGUAUGAGAGGGAAUGACGAGCUAAGAGAUUCAAUAGACAUUUCUGACCAGAAAUUGAACAAGGGAAUCCAUAUGGGAAAGCCCCAGACGUUUACAUUUAAAAACAGCAGCACUGGACAAGCACCAGAGACAGUGGCCAUGGUCAAUCCUGAUGGUUCAAUGGAGCUUCUAAAAGUGAUGGACAAUGCUGAUGGGACAUAUCAAGUGACAUACACCCCAUCUGUUGAGGGUGUGCAUUCCGUGGUUGCCAAAUAUGCUGGUGAGGAGGAUUUCCACAGUCUGACUGGGUUCAAUGUACAGCCUCUCCCUGAGCUGACUAGUGAAAAAUCCCUGGAUAACGAAGUUCUGGGCAGAGAAUUGACACUGAUGAACAGCACAAAUGAAGCAGGACUCAUGGUGUUUGACAUGGUGUUGCAGUCAAGCUUAUGUGAAGGUGAAAGCACAGGGGAGGUGAUCAUGCCUUCAGGGAUGACAACACUUCUUGAUGUCACUGAAAAUGGAGACGGUACUAUGAGGCUAAAAUUCGAUCCCACAGAGGAAGGCCUACAUCAGAUUCUUAUUAAAUCCAGUGCAGCUGAAGCAGCAGAGUUCUCUCUGCAGUAUUACGCGAACAGUUCCAUGAACAGCUGCAUGAAAGCUCAUGGUCCUGGGCUGGUGUAUGGAGUUGCCCAUGAUCCUGCAGCGUUUACCAUUUACCAUGAAGAUACAAAAAUAGGAGAUCUGGACAUCACAGUUGAGGGUACGUCUGAAGCAAAGGUGUGCUGUUCAGAUAAUAAAGAUGGUACCUGCACUGUAACCUACCUGCCCACGCAGCCAGGUGAUUACAAGAUCCAGGUCCGCCACAAUGACACGCAUAUCGCCGGCAGUCCGUUCAAAGCCAGGAUCGCAGACGGUAGUUUAAGGAAAUCCCAGGUUAAACUGGGGACUGCGGUGGACUUUGCUCUGGACGUCACAGAGGAGGACAUCAGUCUGCUCACUGCAAGCAUCUCAUCACCCACAGGACAGACUGUGCCUUGUGCUCUAAAGAGACAACCAGACAACCAUAUCGGUAUAUCCUUCAUCCCUAGAGAGGUGGGAGAGCACCUGGUGAGCAUUAAGAAGGAUGGAGAGCAUUUGAGCAGCAGCCCGAUCUCGGUUUGCAUUAGUCAGUCAGAGAUAGGAGAUGCCACCAAGGUGAAGGUGUUUGGACUUGGCCUGCACAGCGGACGUACUAACCACACGUCAGAGUUUGUAGUUGACACAUGGGAAGCUGGAUAUGGGGGCCUGACUGUUGCAAUCGAGGGUCCAGCUAAUGUGGUCGUUCACACAGAAGAGCUGGAAAAUGGAGCCUGUAAAAUAUCAUACUGCCCAACCAAACCAGGCACCUACAAAGUCUCUAUCAGAUUCUCUGAUGAGCACAUACCAGGGAGCCCUUUCCUAGCAGAAGUGACAGAUGGUGGACUGAUGAAAAACAGUAUCACUCACUACCAGAAACCACCCACUGUUGCCAGUAUAGGAGAAGAAUGCAGCAUAAAAGUCAAGAUACCAGGAGCGAACCCAGAGACCAUGUCCGCUCAAGUAUCUGCUCCGUCAGGGACAGCAGAAGAAGCCAUGGUUGCUGCCACUGACAGGGACGCAUAUAUUGUGAGUUUUGUGCCGGAGGAGACGGGUGUGCACGCUGUCAGUGUGAAGAACAACGGGCAGGAGACUGAAGGCUCUCCGCUGCAGUACACUGUUGGGCCUCUUGGUGAGGGAGGUGCAGACAAGGUACAGACAUGGGGACAAGGCCUCCACAGGGUUCAAGCAAGGAUACCAGCUGAUUUUAAUAUCUGGGCACGUGAGGCAGGAGAAGGCAGCAUGUGUGUUUCGGUGGAGGGACCAGGACACACUGAACUCUACUUAGACGAUCAUGAAGAUGGAUCCUUCACUGUGUCCUAUAUUGCUCAACAGGCUGGAGACUACGAGGUGUCCGUCAUGUUUGACGAGCAGCAUAUUUCAUCCAGUCCUUUUGUUGUGUCAGUCAGUGCGCACUCUCAUAGUGCUCAGAAUUCUCCAGAAGGAUGGGCGAAAUAUGAUUCCAAAGGUUAUAAACCGAUGAAUAAUGGCUGUACAGAAUCCUCAGACCUGAACUCCACAUGCAACAGUGGUGCUGAGUCCGGUGUUCUUUCUGAUGCCCCUGAAAUAACCAGCCAUGGGCCAGGUCUGAGUGAGGCCAUGGUUGGUCAGAAAAACACCUUCUAUGUGGACUGCAGUAAAGCUGGGAGAAAUAUGCUGUUUGUUGGCAUGCUCGGCCCCACAGUUCCCUGUGAGCGAGUGACCGUCAGACAUUUGGGUAAAAAUCAGUACACUGUUCACUACACUGUGAAAGAGAGAGGCAAGUACAUUCUAGCAGUGAAGUGGGGGGAGGAACACAUCCCAGGCUCUCCAUUCCACAUUGAUGUUUUAUAAAACCUUUCUUUUAUAAAAUUUGCCAUAAUUACUUAAUCAGCAUAUCUUUAGAGUUUAAUUGCAUAUUAAUUGAAGCUUAUCAACUAAAAUGUUCAAACCUGUAAAAUGUCUUUAUAUAUACUGUAUUUGAGUGGUGUGGGAUUGUUACACUUUUUUAAAGAAAUCAUUCUUUCUUCUUUUUCAUACAAGUGUUUUUGUAAUGUGUAAUAACAACCCUAAUUUGAACUUUUAAGUGAUCUUUACAUUUUACACUGUACAUUUAUAUUUUUAUGUGUUGUAUGUUACACAAGUAUAUACAGUACAUGUGAAAUGUAAUCAUAUGUGAAUGUGAAAUCCAUUAUAAAUAUGCUACCAUUAAAAUCUA